GAGAGAGAGAGAGAGAGAGAGAGAGAGACAUACACACACCCGGAUGGAUGACUUCACCGUUCCGCCUGGGUUUCCUUUAUGAUCCCGGGAUCUCCCACUUUCUUCAUCAGACUUCAUCGAGCAACACAGGCGUACAGACCGCUCUUCCUCUGCUCUCCUCUCGAACAGCGACACAACAGCCUGCAAACACCCCGCCUCAACCCGGACUCUGAACCUUCAACCUUCACAGGUUGGCUAAGCACGAAGAAGUCAAUUAGUGAUUUUCCAAACGGAUUUUCACUGGAAAGCUCGACAAGUCUAAUUACAAAGCCAAGGAUUUCUGGGCUACGUCAAGUAUAGCCGCCAACUUUAAACCGUUUUUUUUGUUGCGCUGUUGAUCCGUCCGUCUCAGCCGUGCAAUAAUGUCCGAGGUACUGCCGUACAGCGAGGGGAAAAUGAGCGGCUAUGGGGACAGCGAGGCCAGUCAGGUGUCCUUUAGCUGCGGACUACAGGACACCAAUUCGUUCUUCGGUGCGUCGCAAGCGAAAAGACCCCCAAAGCUGGGACAGAUCGGCAGAGCCAAGAGAGUGGUCAUCGAAGACGACAGAAUAGACGACGUUCUAAAGGGAAUGGCAGACAAGUCGUCACCAGGCGUUUAAAGAUGAACAAUGCCUUGCAGACUUUUUAUUUUGAUCACCGAUUUGAAGCACUUGUCGGCUGUGCAUGUUCGAGGAUUGUAGGAGAAACGAUGGCACGAAGCGAAGACAAGGGGAAGGAAAGGGGUGGAAAGAUAUUAUGUGAAGAUUGGACGAGAAAGCAGAGGAAGAGUUUGAGGAAGAGUCCGGAAAAGACCGAGAUUUAUCUUGUGGUUGCUGACAAUUUGAUGAAACCCGAUUUUAACUUCUGCUGCGCAGCGUGAUGUUGAGAUGGCGGAUCCUGGCUCCGUGUCCUGGCUCCGUGUCCUGGUCCGUGUCCUGGCUCCGUGUCCUGGUCCGUGUCCUGGCUCCGUGUCUCAACCUCAGCUGACUUCUCUGAUGGAUGAACUUGCCAUAACAUCACGACCAUCUUCCAAAAGCGCCGUAAGCAACAACAAACUAGAACUGGUGGCAGAAUUUCAUUUAAAGCUCUGUUUCUAUAGUUGUACCCAGUAGACUGCCUAUGCUCGAAGAACAUAUUACCCCUGCAGGCUUUGCAUUGUUGAUAACAAUCGGCGACAUUGCAUUCAAGGGAGCUGUACUUUUCAGCAUUGGUCGAACGUAGAAUGCAUUCCUAUCCGAUUGCUGCUAAAGCUUUUUAAUACAGACCAACCAAACACUGAUAGCCAGUAACUAGAAUGAAUCCAUUAUGUGUAACAAACAUAUAUAUAUACAGAGGAUGGUGCAAUGUUAAUAUUUUAUUUCGUAGGCCUAUAUUCACUUUGGCUUCACCUGUAAAGAAUAAGCUAGUAGGCCUAAUGGAUAGUCCCCAGGUUGAAUUGAAUGAAAUUGAUACAUGGGCUUACAUUACCCCCCCACGGUUAAAGAUGCAGGUCGGCGCCUUCAUGUAACUUUAGCCUACCGACACCUGCACAUAGGCUCUCUGUUUCACUUUUACAGACUAGAAAUAUUGAAGGAGGCCAGAAGAGAUGGGCAAAUUAUAAAUGUUUGAAACAAUAAUCAUGAAAUUAAUGGGAAAAUAUAUAUUUUUUAAUUUAUUUAUUUUGAUGUUGCAAUUAUUCGUGUUUUUCGUGUUCUAUAAUUAAAAGUCAAAUAUUUUAUCUAUCUAUUUGCAUGAUCUUUCCCUCCGGUGCCACCACAGGUGCCAACCACUCCUACCCUGGCACGCUUACAUUCAUAUUUCAAAAGUCAUAUUUGUAUUUUUAUAUCUAAAUAAUUGUUAUUUAAAAAUUAUAAGCUAGUCUAUUGUCUUACAGUUCAUCAACACAAAUGUUUGUAUUAUAGAGAGGAUAUGCAGAUUGAGAAUAGCCUAUAUAACGGAGAAUCUAAGAGAUUUCGGUGUUGACUUUUCUCAUUCUAUAUCAAAGGGACUGACGUUUUUUUAAAGACUAACUGAAUGUGUUUGGGGUUUUGUACACAUCAAUGUUAAACUAUUAUUGAGAAAUCGUAUACUGUGACUUAAGCUUCGUUGAUGCAUUUGUUAGAAAAUUGCGAUUUUAGAGUAUAUUGCACUGUUUACGAGUAUCCUCAAAUAACACGUUAUUUGACCAAUUUUGGACAUUACAGUUAUGUUUUUUAUUUCGUUUAUCUUGUACCAUUCUUUGGAGGAAACUGAAUACGGUUUGUUGUGCAUGAAACCUUAAUACUUUCAAUAAUGAAACAUCGUUUUAUGAAGCAAAAAAGCAACAAAAGUGUCAUGACAUUCUAAGAAUGAGUCAUUGUAUAUUAAGAUGCCAUUUUCACUGUAUUUGGUGAACUAAUAAAUGGUGAAAGAACAUGUGAAA